AUGGCAACUGUUUCCAACGGCUCCGAGUACGACUUCAUCGUCGUCGGGGGUGGCACUGCUGGCAACGCCGUUGCUGGUCGCCUGGCUGAAAACCCCGACGUCCGCGUUCUGGUUGUUGAAGCUGGUAUCCCGAACCCGGACCAAAUCGAACAAAUCACCACGCCAUCGAAGGCAUUUACUCUUCGUGGAAGCAAAUAUGACUGGGCCUACAAGACAACCAUGAUCAAGCGCGAUGAUUACGAGCGCAUUGAAAAGCCCAACACCCGCGGAAAGGCCCUUGGUGGAAGUACUUGUGCCAACUACUUCACCUGGAUCCCUGGUUCAAAACCCACAUUUGACGAUUGGGAGGACUUUGGUGGCCGUGACUGGAACUGGGACAGCUGCGUAGACUACCUUCGCAAAUGUGCCACUUAUCAUGACGACGAGAAGCUGUAUCCGGCCGAACUCAGCAAGAUUGGAACCGGAGGUCCUGUGCAGAUCUCCCAUGCUGACUUGGUGCCAGAGAUGCAACCAUUCCGUGACGCCCUUACUCAAGCUUGGGUCUCUAAGGGUGAACCUCUCACUGAAGAUAUCUUUUCUGGUGAAAUGAAAGGUCUCACGCAUUGUGUGGAUACCAUCCACCGUGGUGAGCGUCAGGGCAGUUUCUUGUACUUGAAAAAUAAGCCCAAUGUGACGAUCCUUUAUGGGGUUCAGUCUAAACAGUUGAUCAUCGACCCGGCCACCCGAAUUUGCUCCGGCGUCACUGUGGUCAGCGAAACUUCCAACACUGAGAUCAGUGUUUAUGCUAGCCGGGAAGUGAUUGUGUCUCAGGGCGUGUUUGAGACGCCUAAGCUUCUGAUGUUGAGCGGUGUCGGGCCUGCCACGGAACUAGCUAAGCAUGGGAUCAAUCCAAUCGUGGACUCCCCUCACGUCGGCCAGCAUCUCCUGGACCACCCCAUCGUGCCUUUCGUGCUUCAGAUCAAGGAUGGAUAUGGCCUGGAUGAUCACAUUCUCCGCCCCGGUCCUCUGAAUGACAAAGCCCUGGCAACCUACCAGCGUGACAAAACUGGUCCUGCCAGCUCCGGCUUUUUGGAGCUGGUGGGAUUCCCUCGCAUUGAUGAACGACUGGAGAAGUAUCCAGCCUACCGUGAGGCUAAGGCUGCGAAUGGUGGACUGGAUCCCUUUGGACCCGCGGGUCAGCCGCACUUCGAGCUUGACUUUGUCGGCCUCUUCAGUACUGCUUUCCAGUGGCACUUCCCCUUGCCUGAGAAGGGUAGUUACAUGACUGUAAUUGUCGAUCUGCUCCGGCCCCUGUCCGAGGGUGAAGUUACCUUGAACAGUUCCAAUGCCCUGGUACAGCCUAACAUCAACCUCAACUUCUUUGCUAACGAUUUGGAUAUUCUGGCCAUGCGCGAGGGUGUUCGCUGGACUUACGAUAUUCUGACCAACGGUGCUGGGUUCAAGGACAUCGUCGUUGGGGAAUACCCUUGGAAGAUGCCUCUCCAUUCCGACGAUGAUAUGAACAAGGCUGUUUUGGAUCGAAGCCAGACUGGAUUCCACCCCUGUGGUACGGCGCGACUGUCCAAGAGCAUCCAUCAAGGUGUCGUCGACUCCAAGCUCCGAGUCCAUGGGGUGCGCAAUCUCCGCGUUAUGGAUGCUUGUGUUAUCCCGGUGAUUCCAGACUGCCGUAUACAGAACUCCGUAUAUAUGAUUGGCGAGAAGGGCGCGGACAUCAUCAAAUCAGACCACAAGGAUCUCUAUGAGGCAAAGAAUAUUUCCUACUUUGUCUCCAGCAAGCUUUGA